AUGGCAGAAGUUCUUAUUUCACAUGGUGCAAAUAUCAAUGAAAAAAUAAAUAUGGAGAAACCGCACUUCAUAUUGCAGCUAAAAAUUAUAGUAAAGAAACUGUUAAAUUUCUUAUUUCACAUGGUGCGAAUAUCAAUGAAAAAGAUGAAGAUGGAGAAACCGCACUUCAUAUUGCAGCUAAAAAUUAUAGUAAAGAAACUGUUAAAUUUCUUAUUUCACAUGGUGCGAAUAUCAAUGAAAAAGAUGAAGAUGGAGAAACCGCACUUCAUAAUGUAG